AUGGCAGACCAGGAUAAAGUCUCCCCAAUCGAGACAGACCCCAAAGUGAUGGAAGACAAGAGAGUUGCCGAAGUAGCGGAAAGUUCCUACCGAGAUGCUGAGCAUGACGAUGAUGAAAAGAUUGAUUUAAACAGCAAUAUCUCUGGAAGAAUCAAGAACCCUUUGGCCCACAUCCCAAAGGCUAGAUUACUCCAGGACGUCGAGGAAUUCGCUAAUAGGCACGAGCUCGGCCACAUUACGGCCACCCUUCAAAGAGGCGCAUUGGUGGCCAAGGACCCAGCAAACUUCGAAACCGUUGAGGGUAUCACCGAUGACGAAGUGCAUGCGAUACGCGAUGAAGUCCUUCAUAAAUGGCGCCAACCUCGACCGCUCUACUUCACAAUUAUUCUCUGUUCGAUCGGAGCAGCUGUGCAGGGAUGGGAUCAAACCGGAUCGAACGGAGCUAAUCUGUCAUUCCCGGAUGCCUUCGGCAUUAGCGACAAGGAGGGCACUCCGAACGCGGAUGUGCAUCAAUGGCUCGUAGGGCUGGUCAAUGCGGGCUGCUGGCUUUCGGACCCUUUUAACCACUACUUCGGACGGCGCGGCGCAAUCUUUAUCUCGGCUAUAUUCUGCGUGCUCCCACCGAUUGGAUCUGCUUUAUCACAGAAUUGGGAGCAGCUUCUAAUCACUCGUUUGCUACUCGGGAUCGGAAUGGGCGCAAAAGCCUCAACUGUCCCAAUCUUUUGCGCGGAAAACACGCCAGCAGCUGUCCGAGGAGGUUUGGUUAUGAGUUGGCAACUCUGGACUGCGUUUGGUAUUUUCUUGGGAUUUUGUGCAAAUCUCGCAGUGAAAGACACCGGUGAUAUUUCAUGGAGACUGCAGUUGGGCUCCGCUUUCAUUCCUGCAGUUCCACUGCUGCUAGGUGUGUACUUUUGUCCAGAAUCCCCUCGUUGGUAUAUAAAGAAAGGGAAGAUAGCGAAGGCAUACCAAUCGUUACUCCGACUUCGAAACCACGAAAUUCAGGCCGCUCGUGACCUCUAUUACAUGUAUGCUCAGAUUCAAGUGGAGUCACAAAUUAUUGGAGAGAGCAAUUAUGUUACUCGUUUCAUUCAGCUCUUCACAAUUCCUAGAGUUCGCCGUGCAACUCUCGCUUCUUUCACGGUUAUGAUCGCGCAACAGAUGUGUGGUAUAAACAUAAUGGCGUUCUAUUCGUCGACGAUCUUCGAAGAAGCGGGAGCUUCUGUCACGGGCGCUCUUUUCGCAUCGUGGGGCUUUGGUCUGGUAAAUUUUCUCUUCGCAUUUCCGGCAAUCUGGACAAUUGACACGUAUGGGCGGCGCGCGCUGUUGCUCUUCACAUUCCCGCAAAUGGCCUGGACACUUUUAGCUGGAGGGUUCGCGUUUUAUAUUCCAGAAAAUACCACAGCCCAUCUCGCCGUUAUUGCGUUCUUCGUUUUCUUGUUUGCGGCGUUUUAUUCGCCAGGCGAAGGACCUGUUCCCUUUACCUACUCUGCGGAGGUUUUCCCACUAUCCCAUCGUGAGGUUGGAAUGGCAUGGGCUGUUGCCACCUGUCUAUUUUGGGCAGCUGUACUUUCCAUUACUUUCCCCCGUAUGCUCAGGGCAAUGACACCAACCGGUGCGUUCGGGUUCUAUGCAGCUCUGAAUGUGACUGCACUUAUCAUGAUCUUCAUGUGGGUUCCCGAGACAAAACAGAGAACAUUAGAAGAGUUGGACUACAUCUUUGCGGUUCCAACUUGGAGACACGUUCGUUAUCAAGUCUUUGAGGUGCUUCCAUGGUGGUUCAAACGAUACAUCCUCCGUAAGAAAGAUGCCCAUCUCGAACCAUUGUACAAACUGGAUCAUGUCGGACGAAAGGACGAAAAGGAGAGCUCCAACUCCAAGCCCCUUGGAUUCUUGCGUCGUUUCAAGAAGUGA